AUGGUACGAUAUGCUGCACUUAAAGGUUUGUACGAUUUGGAAAAGACCAUUGGAAGCGGAGGUUUUGCUAAAGUUAAACUUGCCACGCACAUUGCAACCGGCGAAAAAGUUGCUAUCAAAAUAAUGGAUAAAACAUCACUGGGUGAUGACUUACCGAGAGUUAAACUAGAAGUUCAGGCGUUAAAAACAUUAUUGCAUCAACAUAUUUGUCGAUUAUAUCAAGUAAUAGAAACAGAUAGUCAUUACUUUAUGGUAAUAGAAUACUGUUCAGGGGGAGAAUUAUUCGAUCAUAUCGUUGAAAAAAAUAGGCUUUCUGAAACAGAAUCACGAAAAUUUUUUCGUCAAAUUGUUUCUGCAGUAGCAUAUUUGCACAGCUUAGGAUAUGCUCAUCGUGAUUUAAAACCAGAGAAUGUUUUGCUAGAUAGAGAAGAAAAUUUAAAACUUAUAGAUUUUGGAUUAUGUGCAAAACCAAAAAAUGGAAUAGAUUCACAUUUACAAACAUCUUGUGGUUCACCAACAUAUGCUGCACCAGAACUGAUAUUAGGAAAAAAAUAUUUAGGACCACAGGUAGAUAUUUGGAGUAUGGGAGUCCUCCUUUAUGCAUUACUUUGUGGCUUUCUCCCCUUUGAUGAUAACAGUAUAGAGAAUUUAUAUAAAAAGAUUCUUAGUGGUAAAUAUGAUGAACCAAGCUGGUUAUCAAGCAGUAGUAGAAGACUAAUACGGGCAAUGCUACAGACAGAUCCAAAGAAACGAAUUACUAUUCAAGAACUGUGCAAUCACCCAUGGAUUACUGCAGGGUUUCUUAAUCCUAUUUCAUUUGUUCAUAAGACUAAUUUUGAAAAAGAUGAUGAUGUACUAAGUACUAUGUCUGCAAUAUGUGGAGAACAUACAUCAGAUAUAUGGAGAAAACUUGUAAAAAGUGAUAGAACUGAUUACAAAACUGCCACAUAUCUUUUACUUUUAGACAGGAAGUUUCGUGGACUAUCACUUCGAAUAUCAUCUUCAGCAAAAUCUCAUUUUAAAUCUGAGUGUGAUGCAGGAGGUAAUGGUAUAAAUAAACUUGAUUAUUCUCCAAAAAGUAAACCUGUUAGAUCACCAAUAAUACCACUUGGCCCUACUUUUAAGGUUUUACCUAAAACACCUGAAACAGCAAAAAAUUUCAUGGAACCACAUUUACCUGGUAGAAAACGACUUAGAAGUAAGGAAGGAGAUGAUAUAUGUUCUCCUGUUCCUAUAAAGAGAGUUGCAGAAAAGGAUAGACUUGUUUCUACUCCAACUAAUACUCCAGUGUUAGAUUCAAGGGGACCACAGUCUUCUACACCGGGAAGUGCAAGAAAAGUAAUAAUGGGUUUGGAACGUGGCUUAAAUCGUGUACGUUAUGUUCUUACGCCAAAGAGACGCGUGAAGAAUGAAAAUAUCGAUCCUGAUCAACCUAAUGUACUUUCUGGAAAGGGUCUUUGUAAUGUAUCGUCAACGUCCAAUGAUGAUCCGAAAUAUGUUCUUUCACAAUUACGUCGUGCACUUCGUCGUAAAGGAAUCAUGUGUCAUCAAAAAGGGUUUAUACUACAGGGAGAAACAGAAGAUUGUACAGAAGACGAUAAAGGUACAUUGCGACCAUUUUCGUCCAGAAAUGCUUGUUCCUUUGAAUUAGAAGUUUGCUUAUUAGAGGGUGUUUCAAAUAAUAAAUUGGUUGGUAUUCGAAGAAAACGAUUAAAGGGGAAUGCAUGGGUUUAUAAACGGGUGUGUGAAGAAGUUCUCGCUUUAGCAGCUGAAGAUCUUUCCGCGGAAUCAGAAGGUUCAACAGAAUCGAAAUGUCCCAUUUAA